AUGGAGCAACACCUUUCUGGCGCCGACUCACCGCGAAAGCGCUUGAAGAUUUCAGAUCACCAAGCUGUCGUGGCCCCCGGCGCACCGGCCACUGCUGACCUCCAAGCAGCGCCUACGGCAGAUGCGCAGGCAUUGAAAGAGGCGGAAGUUGGGAUUACGGGAUUCGUUUGCCCUGAUUUACCUGGGUUUUCGGGCAUCUUAAAAAAGAGAUACACCGAUUUCCUUGUCAAUGAAAUCCUCCCAUCCGGCCAGGUCUUACACCUGCAGGACCUUAAGGUGCCCGCGUCGUUGAGACCAGACUCGCGAGAGCUUUCGGCGCAGAAGGCGAGUGAACCACCAAACGAAACCCCCGCCCAGCCAACGACGGAGACUGUGUCAGAACCGCGGCAGCAGAACGAUGGGACCUCCGACGCGGUCGUCGAAGCGGCAGAAACAACGGCUGCCGCUGACAACGGGCAAUUGGAGUCCCAGAUCUCGGAGCAGGACCAAAAGCUCUUGGAGCAGUAUCUAGGCGCAGAUGUCACGGCAAAGGUUGUUAAGCUGUAUGGUCGUGCACUUGCCAAACCGCACCUGAAAGCUGGCGAUCUAGGCCGUGUGAAAUCCGAACCCGUCCCCGAGAAGGAUACGAGGACCAUCGUCCACCAGGCUCUCCGACGUAUAUUUGGCGGCCGGAUAGAAUCCUCAACCGAAAGCGACAACUCUCUACUCCUUUCCCCUGUUCCUAUUAAAAGGCUGAAAUCCCAGAUGAAGGGCGGUGUCGCGGACAACCGGAGAGGCAAGCUGGGUUGGAGUGAAGUUGGCGGCGAGUACCUACACUUCACAGUCUACAAGGAGAACAAGGAUACCAUGGAAGUUAUGAAUUUCCUAGCUCGCCAGUUGAAACUCGGCAUCAAAGGACUCAAAUUUGCGGGAACAAAAGACCGACGGGGUGUCACGGUUCAGCGGGCGAGCGCGUUCCGUCUCGAUGCUGGUAGAUUGGCCAAUAUGAAUCGCACGCUGCGCAACGCCGCAGUGGGGGACUUCAAAUAUGAGAAGCAAGGGCUGGAACUGGGUGAUUUGGGCGGAAAUGAAUGUUACCAUUCGACCUCAGGGGAGCAUGCGAAUGCAUUCUACAUUGCACCCCAGAGAGUCUGGAUGCGGCGCAAGGCAGCGGCGCGCCGGCGAGGACAUCUGAUGGGUCCGGACGAUAUCUUGCGAGCAGAGGCGAUUCACGUUUUCCAGUCGACUGGCGAAGUUGGCCCAGCAUUGGCGAAAAUGCCGAGGAAGUUCACGGCCGAGUCAGCAAUCAUCAAGCACCUUGGCCGGAAAAAGAAUGAUUACUUGGGCGCUUUACAGACGAUCCCGCGGAAUCUGCGGCUGAUAUAUGUGCAUGCUUACCAGGCUCUCGUUUGGAACCACGCCGCCGGAGAGCGCUGGCGAUUGUACGGCGACCGCGUCGUCGAGGGCGACCUGGUGCUGAUCCACGAGUUCAAGGAGACCGACGAUUCCAGAGCUGCGAUGGCGGAAGAGGUGGAUGCGGAUGGCGAAGCUAUCGUCUUGCCCAACACCAACGACAGCGCUGUUUCCGCCGACAGCGUGUUCGAGCGCGCCCGGCCCCUGACCAGUGAAGAGGCGGGGAGCGGCAAAUACACGAUUUUCGAUGUCGUGCUCCCGCUUCCCGGAUACGACAUCAUCUACCCUCCGAACCAAUUGACGGAUUUCUACAAGACCUUCAUGGGCAGUGAGCGGGGCGGUAAACUCGACCCGUUCGAUAUGCGCAGGCAGUGGAAGGACAUCAGCCUCAGCGGCGGGUAUCGGAAGAUUCUCAGCCGGCCAGGUGCGGACUAUUCAUUCGAAGUGAAGCAGUAUACGGACGACAAUGAGCAGUUCAUCAAGACUGACCUGGAGCGGAUCCGCGAGAAAGCCAGCGAUGCGCAGGGCGAGUCGAACAAUCAACAGCAGAGCGUCCAGGAUGAGCAGAUGGACGCUGCAAAGGAGAAGAAGCUGGCGGUGGUGAUCAAAUUCCAGCUCGGUGCGAGCCAGUAUGCUACAAUGGCGCUGAGGGAGCUGAUGAAAACUGGGGGCGCCAAAGAGUACAGGCCAGAAUAUGCGGGUGGAAGGCGAUGA